GCGUUGUGCAACGCUCAGCAUGACAGCACCACUAUGCUUAAAAAUUUCCCUCCUCACCCCCAGAUUCCAUUUCCCCAUCCGCCACGGCUGCCUAUAAAGAGAGGAGGAGAUGGCUCCGGACUCCAGAAGCACGCAGGCCGCAGCGGGUGCCCAGUCCCUCGUUGGCUCUCCGGACACUGAAGCCCACAUUCCAUCAUCUGCUCAGCACCAUGAAGGUCCCCAAGGCUGCCAUUGCUGUCCUCCUCUGCACCAUGGCUCUCUGCAACCAGGUCUUCUCUGCACCAUUUGGUGCUGACACCCCAACCGCCUGCUGCUUCUCCUACAUCAACCGGCAGAUUCCACGCAAAUUCAUAGGUGAUUACUUUGAGACCAGCAGCCAGUGCUCCAAGCCAGGUGUCAUCUUCCAAACCAAGAGAGGCCGGCAGGUCUGUGCUGACCCCAGUGAGGCCUGGGUCCAGGAAUACAUCACUGACCUGGAGCUGAAUGCCUGAGUGGCCUGGAAGCUGCGAGGGAAACAGUGACUCCAGCAGGCCCAGUGGGGAGCAGGGACCUGACCUCAGAAACAUCCCCAUCACCUCCACUGCUACCUCUCCUAUGGGCUGGCUGUUACCAGACAGCCAUACCUGGGGACUCUUCUUAACUUAAAUGCUAAUUUAUUUAUAUAUUUAAUUUUCUAAAUUAUUUUCAAUGUCAUACUGUGUUUGUGACUGCUCUGAGAUAUCCCAGGGCACUGUCCUCACCACCCAUCCCCUCCCCUUCACUCACACUGUGACUGGUGACAACUGAAUGGCUGUCAGCAGCUGUUCUAGCAGACACUCAAGCUGCCAGACUGACAAACAUAUAUUGAAUGCUUUUGUUCAGUGCUCUGUUCAGCCCAGUGAAAUAAUAAAGAUGCUCUUUU